AUGGCUAGUACUGGAUUUCAUUGUGACCUUUGCAACAUUUUCUUCCAUAAAAAAAAUGAGUACGACAAGCAUUGCCAGGGCAAGAAGCACAAGGUCAAGGAGGUACUCGCCCAUGAACAUGAAGCUGCAAACAGGCGGCUGUAUGUUCGGGGAAUUGAUUGGAUGCGGGAUCCGCAGGCAUUUCUACACUCAUACUUCAAAAACUUUGGAAAGCUAAAUGGUAUUUCUUUGCGUGGUAAACAGGGCAGCACCUUUGCUGUUGUGGAGUUCCAGGACCAGGAUUCCAUCUCCAGGGCCUUGAAUGUGAAUCACAGGAUCGAGAGGCACGUGCUGAAUGUCAAGCGCUACAAGUAUCAGCCUCAGCACUGGGAGAGGAACAAGCUUACCAAUGAGGAGUUUCAGGAGGAGGAGAAGGCCAAGCAGGCUCAAGUCAGAGAUAAGAUGAUGGAGGUCUUGUUGACUGCAGAAAGUGUAAGUUGUCUGUCCUUGUGUCUCACUCCUCUCUUUACUUUCACUUCUCCCUCUCCAUCUGUCUGUCUCCCUGUCCAUCUUUUUACUUUCAACUCUCCCUCGCCAUCUGUCUGUUGCAGGGUUUACCAGUUUGGCUCAUCUGUCAAUGGGUUUGGGGCUAAAGGUUGUGACCUUGACCUAUUUCUGGACAUUGAUGAUGACUCUACAAGUGCUAAGAGCAAGAUCAAGAAACUCUCACAGAUUUUGUUGAAGUCACCUAGCGUGUCUAAAACCUUGGUCAUUCCCAGCAACCGAUGCCCAGUUGUCAGGUUUCUUCACAAGUCAUCGAAUAUUAAAUGUGAUCUGUCUAUCAACAACAGAAAAGCUCUCCAUAAUAGCUACCUGCUGCGACUGUACAGUACUGACCCUCGUGUCCACAAGCUAGUGAGCAUCGUCCGGCUGUGGGCCAGGUCUCAGGGUCUGACCAGCACCAGCGGAGGGGCACACCUCUUCACCAGCUAUGCCAUCACGCUGAUUGUGCUGUACUUUCUGAUGCACAGAAAGGAGAAGUUGAUCCCACUGGUGUGCGAGGUUGAGAAUUGUGUCGAGGGUACUUACAAGGAGGUGGUCGAGAACUCCGAAUGUCUGUGUAUCCCCUCAAAUGCUGAACUUCCCUUGUCUGACAACAAGGAUAAUGAAGUUGACCUGGUGAAAGAAUUCUUUGCCUUCUACUCCGAGUCCGUCGAUUGGGACACCGAUGCCUUGUAUAUGAAGGAUGCUACGGUCUUUCCCAGGAACCAGAUUGCUCAGGAUCCCCACUUCAUAGGAUGUAAGUCCGGCUGUAUGACGAUCAUUGAUCCAUUUGUCCUCACCCACAAUGUCGCGGCAAACAUCAACGAAGGGACCAAAUGUAAAUUUGUCACUGAACUGAAACGGGCAGCAGAGUUGACUCGUGAUUGGCCAACGUCUGCCCACAAGCUGGAGUCCGGACCAUGGGGAGUAGCAGACCAGAUGACAGGUAAACAACGCAAAAGAUCUGCCCAGCAUCUGGCAGCAAAAUCCAACACUGCCCAGGGAAAAAAUCCAGAUGUGGCAGGAAAUGUGCACCAGGCACCCAAAAUGAACAGUAGUCGGAUCGAGGGUGAGCAGGAGAACGGGGAGUUUUGCAUCACAGUACAGCCAGUGUCACAGUCGUUGACUUGUACCCAGCUUUUGCUAACUGCAAAGCAGAAUAAUGUGACGCCUGCGGAGCAGUGGUGCAACAUGGCGCAAGAUCUUAUUUUGAAUGUUUUGAAAAGCGUAUUUAUGGUUGAGGUUAAGGAACUUAGAUUGUCUGAGGAAGAGAGGAAGGAGAAACUAGGUCAGGAUGUGGAGUCGGGUAAGGGAUCUGAAUCAAAACCUCCGAAAGAUUUGGAGAUGAAGAAUGCAACUAGUGGGAAAGAUGGUAAGGAAGAUUAUGUGCUAGUGGAUGUGUGUGAUGAUGAGGGUCACUUUGGGCAGACAAAAGAUGAGAGUAGUGGCUAUAAAAGAAGCCGGGACGAAGCACAUUUAGAUGGCACUGCAGUUGCAACUGAUCCAGCAGCUGGUGCAGAAGCUGAACAUAAUGCUGCGGUGGAUGCUAAAGUGGGAAAUCCAAAGAAGUUUUGCGAGGGUAUUGCAAAUAGCGUGGAUCAGUUUGAAGAAGUCAUUCUGACAAAUCUAUCCACAGAAAACUGUAGCUCUAAGGUUGAUGGGAAUGAUUCUUCUAAUGCUUGCACCGAUGAUUUCUGCAUGGAGCUUGCUAUUGAGGGCAGGAAUGGUUUUGGGGGACAGGAUACAACAGGAAGUCCUAGUGCUAGUGCAGUUGCUGAAGCUUCAGCUGAUGUUUCAACCAAGGAUCCCUCUUCAUACAUUCAGACUACAAGCACCAGUUCUGGGCCGACUGAAGCUAGGCCGUCCAAAGUGUUUACCUACGCCUGCAGUUGCCACCACCAGGUCUGGGUAGAUCGCAAGAAAGUUUAUAGUCAGAUCCCCCAGAAAGAGAAUUUUACUGCCCUUGCUCUAGAACAGGAAGUGACUAAGCUGGUAUUGGCUAGAAAGGAUCUUCUUCUUCAGAAGAUCAAUGCGGUUACUCAGGGAGUUUUGGAAAGCUCAAAGACUGACAGUCAACUACAUAGAUCACAAUCGGGACAACAUCUUCAAAAUGAAGCUGUCACAAAAGGUCUGGCCAGAGGUGAAGAUCUCAGAGUUGUGAAAAUAGCGCAGCAGGUACCACAAGUUAAACAGCAAAUGGAAUCUUCCAGUGAGGCAGAAAAAUCAAAGAAAAUCGGACGACCAGACCUGGAGUUUUCUUGCCAGAUAGUCUAUCAGAGCUGCGAUGAUGACCUCAGACUUCCUUAUAUUGUAAUUAAGCUGAAGCCAAGCUUGUCUAGCUGUAAACAGUUUCGGAACUUCUUCUCUGCCUUCAGGUCUCUGAUUCUGCGUGUGGUCACACAGCAUUUUCUAGAAAUGUCCUCAUGA